AUGUGGACCUCCACCUCCAACUCUCAGUCUGUUCGGCCUGCUGUCCAAGCCAGAUCCACACCCCAGGUACCUGCAAAACGCUCCUCCAGACCAGCCGCCGGAGACCCACCACACCACUCAUUCAGUUCAGUCAGAGAGCCUGAUGCAUUCUGGGCUGAGGUGCGGUCAGGAGCGGUAACUGGACGACCAUCAUAUGGUCACAUACCACCACCUAUAUUCUCUGAGGAAGAAGAGGAAGAGGAAGACGACGAAGAGGAUGAGGAGAAUGAAGACGGUGGCAACACAGGCCACAGCGGGGUGAUGGAGGUGAUGUGUCAAACCAUGCCCUCGGCAGUCAUGGCACCUUGUGCUGCUUUUGGAGAGAGAAGGUUGAGUAAAAGAGAGAAGAACAGGAUCAAAAGCUUGAAGAGGAGACAGAGGAGAAGGGAGAAAUGGAGGCAACAACAGGAAAGCAGACAGAGUUCAACAGGAAACCCGUCAAGCAGCAGCAGCGGCAGCAGCAGCAGCAGCAGCAGCAGCAGCAGCAGCGGCAGCAGUGAGGACGAGGAGGCCCUGAGCAACAGGGACAAAGAGGGCUACAUCUGCGCUGUGUGCUUGGACGUGUACUUUAGUCCCUACAUGUGCCAACCCUGCAGCCACAUUUUCUGUGAACCCUGUUUGAGGACCUUGGCUAAGAACAGCCCCACGAACACCCCGUGCCCCCUGUGCAGAACAAUCAUCACACAUGUGUUCUUCCAAAAAGAGCUGAACCAGACGGCAAGGACAUUCUUCCCAAAGGAAUAUCUUUCCAGGAAACAGAACUUCCAGAAGGCGAGUUGUGCGAAGUGGCCUCUCCCUAGCUGCAGAAAACUCUUCCACAUCUUUGGAGGCUUCCAGAGGCAGUCCAGCCCCAUUGCUCGACGCCAGUUCCCCCACGGAGGAGGCUACCGGCUGGAUGCCAUCGACUUCGAGGAUGACUCUCGAGGCUGGCGAUUUGACAUGGACAUGGUUAUCAUCUACAUUUACUCAGUCAACUGGGUCAUCGGCUUCUUUAUUUUCUGCUUUCUUUGUUAUCUCUUCUUCCCUUCAUUCUGAGA